UCGCAUGUUUUAUUUAGAAUGCUUCCUGAUACUCUGUAAAUGAUGUAAAUAUUAAGAUGCAGUGAACCGAGUAUAUCGUUUUUUGUCUGUAUAACUCGGUCACAGAAAAGCUGUUUAUCCACACGUGACGGUAUUGACAACCAUUGCAGCAGAUUGUAAUGGUUCACCACUUGUGGCUUUAAUAAAAUGUAAAAACGGGAUAUUUACAAGUUCACCUUUUGUUUCCUUUUCCUACAAGAGGCGUUCGACAAUAUAAACGCUUACACAAUUCCUCAGCCGUACUAAUUGUAAAUCUGAAAUAGUCAAAUGUAAUAGCAGAUGCACUUGAGUUAAUAAUUGAUCCCGUUCUGUUCUUUGAACAGUUUGCCAUGUGUGUGGGUAGGAAUGAGGAAGCAUUGUUGUUACAGAGAGGAGGUACAAGGACGUUGUUGAAAGUGCAGCAGUGCUUGAGUAACUGUUGUGCGAUCUGUAUCUACACGGUGCUUUGUUGUGCUCUGAAUCGUGCUUUACUCUGUUCUCUGCUAGUUGGCUUGUAAAGCUUUAAAGGGAUCAAGGUGAGUCCACUGAUUUGAAGACGGGCUCCUGUGGAUCGCGGCGAUGGAGGAAGAGUUGACGCCUUUGGACUGCCUUCUGCCCUCAGGCACGCAGAGGAUCUGUCUGAUUAUUCUGAACCAGCCUCUAAAUAAAGACUACCUGCACAUUCUCUGGAGAAAAGCACUCUUGAGGGCGUGUGCCGAUGGAGCUGCCAAUCACCUUUACAGCAGCACCGCUGGAGAUAGAGACAGCUUUCUUCCUGACUAUAUCAGUGGGGAUUUUGAUUCCAUUACUGCCGAGGUCAAAGCGUUCUAUGGAGACAAGGGCUGCAAGCUGAUAGAAACCGCUGACCAGGAUCUAACAGACUUCACCAAGUGCCUCGUGAUCAUGGUGGGCGAAAUUCAGAGGCGACAGUUGCAGGUGGAUGCCAUAGUGACACUGGGCGGCCUUGCUGGCAGGUUUGACCAGACCAUGGCGUCUGUCGAGACCCUCCACCACGCUCUGUCCAUGACUCCACUGCCCCUGUUGAUCUUACAGGGGAGCAGCCUGGUACACCUCCUCAGACCAGGCAGUCACAGGCUGGAGGUGAACACGGGUCUGGAGGGUAGCUGGUGCAGCCUCAUCCCGGUGGGCGGAGCCUGCCAAACGACCACUACUGGACUGAAGUGGAACCUGACCGCGCGGCCAGCUGUGCUCUUAAUGAGUUGGCGCCGAGGCGCCGGCCACCGGUGCAGGAGGGAAGCCUGGACCUUCUGUCAAGCGUGUAACCAGGUCCUGCAGUUUGGGAAGCUGGUGAGCACCUCGAACACCUAUGAACCCGUUGGACCCGGACACCCCAGAAAGCCCGUAACCGUGACAACAGACCAGCCCUUGAUCUGGAGCAUGGGCAUCUGUGAGGAUGGGCAAUGACGCAGCGGAAGCCCCACUUCCUUCUCGGGCCACAUUUGACUACGAAGAACGUGCUAUGGACAACUCAUACGUUUGAGAGGUUUUUGGAGAGCGUGGAAAUGACUAACUGACCGAAAGACCGUAACAUCAUUAGUGACCAUUGUUGACUAAUGUAUUUGGAUGUGCUUCCUCACCAUGCGGGGUGAAAUUUUAAAUUAACCGUAUGAAGGAAGAUAAAUCUAAGCCUGACCGAGACUCUGCUAUACCUCUGAGGAAUCACAGCCUGCACCGUGUGCCUUUAACGUCAAGGCUUCUGCUAAGAACUAGAACAACAUAAUAGUGCCAGAUGACAGUUGAAACGGUUUUUCCUUUUAUAAAUGCAGUGAUUGAAAAGCAAAUAGGGGACAAAUCUGUGAAUUUCCCAUUUGUUUUAUUUACACAUUGAAAUAUAAAUGUUGUGCACAGAAUGUAAAAAUGCCAUCCCUUCAGUCCCCUAUCACACUUUACACCACUGUCUCCUGUCCCCGGGUAUUGAGGUUUGUUUCCUUCCUCACCAGGACUCAACCACCACUAGAUGGAAAAAAGAAAAGAUAAGCACUGUUAAUUAUCGGUGAAAGCCAAAUAGGACAUGAACAUUACUGUAAUAGUUUGAAUGACUGAGCAAAGCAAUGAAUCACUGCUGUACAAAAGUAGUCCCCAAAACAAGUAUAACGUGUCCGUCACCGCUAAGAUUUAUCUUUGUGCCACAACUUUCUCCACAAAACAGUCCAACAUUAAGAUUAUUAUCAUGGCUUAAAUGAAUAAUGAAUGAAUGUACCAAAAAAUACAAUCACGACUGGUUGACUGCUGAUGUUUAGGCUGUAAAGUAUCCAUGAUAGUUGUGUAACAAUACAAAAAAAGGUUUGACAUCACGUAUUAAUUAUGCAAAAAGAGUACACGGUAUUCAAACGGGGAUCACAAUGAUAUGAUCCAGCUUAUAAAUAUUAUACAUAUAUAGUGACAUUUUCAGGAUAGGAAUGUACUAAUACCUUAGAACACAAAUGUAUUUGUAUUUGAGAUACAGAAUAAUAAUGUUUCAGUGCAUUUCUGCAGCAUUGGAUCUCAUUAAACAUGUUUGUAGUGAGUAGAUGGAGACAAUGAAGCACUCAGGACAGAUGACUGACUGCAAUGGGAUCAAAUGUUUGACGUCGCGUCCCGGGACUGAGCCGGGACGUCCACUACCUCCACCGACUGAACCCCUCACCCCCGAUCUCACCCCUCACCCCUAUACUCACACAAUGAUGUACCCCUCACCCCUAUACUCACACAAUGAUGUACCCCUCACCCCUAUACUCACACAAUGAUGUUGUUGAUGGGGAUGUGAAUCAGUUUGACGAAGAAACCGAUGAAACCCAUGAUGGCGAACCCGAUCGCCGUGGCCAUGGCGAUUUUCUGGAAUUCUGAAAGAACCGCGAGCGAUCAUCGAUGUUGAAAUCCACCACAAAUAAAAUACAGCCAAUUACGAAAAAACAUAAAA